AUGGCGGUGGUGGGGGCAGGCAGCCCGCAGCUCGCGGAGUGCGCGGGGCUCCAGCCGGCAGGAGAGGAGCCCGCGCAGCCUCCAGACGGUUUUCGCUGCGUCCUGGCGCGCGGCGGCAAUGUCCCGCUGGCUGUUGGGGCACCUGCCCGCUGCUGCCUCUCCAAGGCCAGGACGCUGGUGGGGGCGAUGGGCAUCCUGGAACGUCUAAAUGCGGGAGAGGUGGUGAUUGGAGAUGGAGGGUUUGUCUUUGCACUGGAGAAGCGAGGCUACGUAAAGGCUGGACCCUGGACCCCAGAAGCUGCUGUGGAGCACCCCGAGGCAGUGCGCCAGCUUCACCGGGAGUUCCUCAGAGCUGGCUCCAAUGUCAUGCAGACCUUCACCUUCUACGCCAGUGAGGACAAGCUGGAGAAUAGGGGAAACUACGUUGCAGAGAAGAUAUCUGGGCAGAAAGUCAAUGAAGCUGCUUGUGACAUUGCACGGCAAGUAGCUAAUGAGGGAGACGCUUUGGUGGCAGGAGGCGUGAGUCAGACACCUUCGUAUCUGAGCUGCAAGAGUGAACGUGAAGUCAAAAAGAUAUUCCAUCAGCAGCUGGAGGUGUUUGUAAAGAAGAAUGUGGACUUCCUCAUCGCAGAGUAUUUUGAACAUGUUGAAGAAGCUGUGUGGGCAGUGGAGACCUUGAAAACCUCGGGCAAACCAGUGGCAGCAACCAUGUGCAUCGGACCCGAAGGGGAUCUGCAUGGUGUGCCCCCUGGAGAGUGCGCAGUGCGUCUGGUGAGAGCAGGGGCCGCCAUCGUUGGUGUUAACUGCCACUUUGACCCUACAAUCAGUUUACAGACCGUGAAGCUCAUGAAAGAAGGCCUGGAGGCCGCCCAGUUGAAAGCUCACCUGAUGAGCCAGCCCUUGGCUUACCACACUCCCGACUGUGGCAAACAGGGAUUUAUUGAUCUCCCAGAAUUCCCCUUUGGACUGGAGCCCAGAGUUGCCACCAGAUGGGAUAUUCAAAAAUACGCCCGAGAGGCCUACAACCUGGGGGUCAGGUACAUUGGCGGGUGCUGUGGAUUUGAGCCUUACCAUAUCAGGGCGAUUGCAGAGGAGCUGGCCCCAGAACGGGGGUUUUUGCCACCAGCAUCAGAAAAACAUGGCAGCUGGGGAAGUGGUUUGGACAUGCACACCAAACCCUGGAUUAGAGCAAGGGCCCAGAAGGAGUACUGGCAGAACCUUCGGAUAGCCUCAGGCAGGCCAUACAAUCCUUCCAUGUCAAAGCCAGAUGCCUGGGGAGUGACCAAAGGGACAGCAGAGCUGAUGCAGCAGAAGGAAGCCACGACAGAGCAGCAGCUGAGAGAGCUCUUUGAAAAACAAAAAUUCAAAUCAGCACAGUAG